CCAUGCCUGCAGAAUUCACCCUUUCUUGAGUUCCAGACGAGACUUCUUGAUCAAAAAUUGAACUUUUAAGGCUGUCUGCAAUCUCUGUUAAUUAUUCUUUGAAAUCAUACACACACAUUAAUCCUGCAGAUCAGACAGAGAAGGCUUUUCUUACAGCCACACAUUCAUACAAGAGCUAUGGAAGGGGAGGAGUUAGAUAGCUUGGCAUACACAUACAAGGUGAAGCGCUGUACCGUAGGACGCCGCCACAGCUGGUUGCGCUGCCCCUUUUAUCACCCUGAGGAGGGGAAAAGAAGGCGGGACCCGAACAUUCACUCAUACCGGCACAUUCCCUGUCGCUAUUACCACGGGCGCCGCCGGGUGUGCCCGCGGGGAGACAAUUGUCACUACUCCCAUGGGGUUUCGGAGACCUGGUAUCACCCAGACCGAUUCCAAACCAGACUCUGCAAUUACGGGUCACACUGCGAGAGAGUGUUCUGUUCCUUUGCCCACAGUCGCGAAGAGCUUCGUCCCCCUGAUCAAUAUACAAUCAUAAGGGCCCAGCAGCAUCACCCAGACCGAUUCCGAACCAAACUCUGCAAGUACAGGCCACGCUGCAAGAGAGCAUUCUGUUCCUUUGCCCAUGGUCUCAAACAGCUUCGUCGCCCUGUUCAAUAUAGGAACAACAGGAAUCCAGAAAAUUCUGGCCCAUCCUCUUCUGCUGCUGUCGUGCCACAAGCUACAAUUGGUGUUCAUGAUCAGAGGGUAAGGCCAGCAGCUGUGAUCCCUUCAGCCACUCAGAGAGCAAAUGGCAAUGAUCAUGCCUCUCUGAACAGUCCAGCAAUGAACAUGCCCGAUUUAUUUGGGCAAUGGAGACGCAAAGAAUUCCGCUGAUGCUGCAAAUUCCCCAAUACUUUGAUGAAAUCUGCAGAUUAGAUAUCAGACAGUCUUCUUCAACAAUAUACUAAGUAAUGGUCG